GCCCAAUGAAAGCGCAGCGUCAUCCCAGGUUCCCCGACGCUCCUCAGCGGAAAGCAGAGACGUAUAACGGUGCACUGAAACAUUUAUGGCGCUGCCCUGUCCACCGCUGUCUGCUGCUUCUGUCCGCACCGCAUCUCCGCCUCCUGCACUCUGCCAAUUUGGUUAAAUGUCCUGGAAAAGCCGUACGUCCGUCUGCGUUUCGGAAACAAGGAAAACAACCGCCUCACCGUUGUCUGCAGAGGAGUGAAGAAUGGCCUGGAUAUGGAAGAGGAAGUCCCUGAUUGCCACCAGCCUGAUCGUGGCAGUGUCGCUCUUCGUGGUGGUGGUUAAUCUGUCAGAGAAGCCCUACUUCCUGCUCCAGCCCAUGUUUGGUCAGAGCUUUGGGGGACUCGGGUUGUUCAAACAGCAGUACAGAGCCUACAAGCCCCACCACGGCUACCUCAGCAUCCCCAAAGAAGAGCCUCUGAAGCUCCACUGUGAGCUGUGCAGUGUUGUCUCGAGCUCGGGUCAAAUGCUGGGUCAGGGUCUGGGCGCACAGAUCGACCGCUCUCCCUGUAUCUGGAGGAUGAACAGCGCCCCCACCCGCGGCUUCGAGAACGACGUGGGACACAAGACUACCUUACGAGUGGUGUCUCAUACGAGCGUCCCCCUGAUUUUGCAGAAGCCCCAGUACUUCUUUGGACAGUCGAAUGAUACGGUGUACGUGGUGUGGGGCCCGUUGAGGAAUAUGAGGAAAGACGGGAAUGGGAUUGUGUAUAACAUGCUGAAACGAGCCGCAGAGAAUUACCCACAAGCACAGAUCUACGUGACCACUGAAGAAAGGAUGAACUACUGUGAUAUGGUCUUCAAGAAGGAGACGGGAAAAGACAGGAUCCAGUCGGGCUCGUACCUCAGCACAGGUUGGUUCACACUGAUCCUGGCCAUGGAUAUGUGCAAAGAGAUCCACGUGUACGGCAUGAUCAACCACACCUACUGCAAGUCCGACGACUACAGAAAGGUCCCUUACCACUACUACGAGUCGGGUAGUCGGGACGAAUGUGCGGAGUACAUGCUGCACGAGAGCGCCCCCUACGGAGGACACCGCUUCAUCACAGAAAAGUCCGUGUUCGCCAAAUGGGCCAAAACUCACUCCAUCAAAUUCUUCAACCCACCCUGGCAACUGUCGUGACCAAUGUGCAAGCGAGUCUUCAGCGAACCAGCUCUGUCGAUAUUAAACACAUAUCUACAAAAUGAGACUGAACAAAGAUAAUAUUGAUACUUUGCAGUGACAUCAUGCUGGGUGUGUUCUACAUGUAUGUCUAUAGUGGAAUGGUCAGCAAUUACCGCAGUGACUCAUUGCACACAUUGUCUGAAAACUCAAUACAAAUUAACAAAUGGAUUUACACAACACAUUUUCAGGAGCCUGUGAUCAAUACGAGCGUUCAUGGUCCUGUUUACGUGUUUGAUUUUCAACAAAAAGGUGAGAGUGACUAGCUGAAAAACUGAACCUGUUAUAGUUCCACCUAAGUCUGCUUUACUGGUCAGAUUGAGGUAAAGUAAAGCUCAGAUUAAAACCUAACUUGAGUAACAGAGCUUUAGACAGAGCAGCGCCUCCAGUUAGCUUCAACCCCCCAGGCAAUGUUGAUGAUCAGCUGCAAAGUAUUAACAUGGAUUAACAAGAUCAUUUUGCCUAAAGUGUGUCUACAAAGUGCAGUGUUUGCUUCUCUGCACUAGACUGGAUUUGAUUGACUGCAGCAGAGACCAGAACUUAAGGAGGAGAAUGUCUGGAGAGGUGCGUGAUACUGCAGAUAUAUGCUUGAAGACAAUAUCUGUUGUUAUAGACUAAACUUUUCCAACUUCGAGUCAUGCCAAGUGACUCCACGACUACAUUUAAAUGAAAGAAGAAAAAUUGCAUUAAGUAGCAUCAACUUCGGCGCGGAAAGCUGUCUGAAACUACUGAAAGUACUGACUGAAGUGAUAAACUGUAACACUGUUUUGGCAUUUGUCAAAGUGUAAGAUCUGCACUUCUCAAUACUACUUUUUUUUAGCUCAUCCCAUUGUUCACGUACUAUAUUCAAGUUGUGUUUAUAGUUAAAGUGGGUGGUAUAUUCUCAUAUCUCUGUUUUAUCAUUUUACAAAGUGCAAUGUGCGCCAUUUUGAAACUCUUGGAAGUAAGGGAGAAAAAUCCUUACUGUGCACAGCAAGAUGGAUCCUCACGAUAUUUGUGAGUUCACAAACUCAUGAGAAUCCAUCUUGACAUACUCACGCUGCGAGGUUCAAAUUCACCCAGCAGUGGGCAGACCAAUCACAGAGCAGCACUGAAGCGACAUACAGACAUACUUCAGCCUAUUUUAGCCAAAAUAGACUUGUUUGUGAAAAAUGUGCAGAAGGUAAGCGCUUUGUGCAUUUGAGACGGGAGGAGGGAAAGAGCUUUUCUCUCAACUGGAUGUAAUGUUUGAGGUUUUGGCUUGUUCCAAUGUUGUGGCGAUUCAUGACGUUCCACCUUUUCCCGAGCACAUUUAGCGAGAGCCGUUCCAGAUUGAUUAAUGUGUAGAACUAAAGUGCUCAAGUGCUACACAUAUUAGUCUCUUAGAAUAAUCCUGCUUUUUUUUUAGUUUAUCAAAUUGUUCACAAAAUAUAUAACAUUUGUGUUUUUGGGUAUCUUUGACACCAUCUGUCCAAAACUUAUUUAAAUAACAUGUGAUACAUUCUCAUGACUUUAAUCCAUUGGAGCUCCCUCUGAUUCCACUGGUGGUUCAUGGACUUAAAAAUGCAUAGAAGUCUGGAUUUUCUUUUUUACCUGUGAUACAACAAUCCAGGCAAAAUGCGAACAGAGCAUUUUUUUUGUGCUAAUGACUUUAGAUUAAUGUAUUAAGCAUGAAACAACUCCUGGUAUGUUUUUGAUGAGGGGACAACAAUAUAAAAGUAAAUUUUGUAUGAGUUUAAAGUAGGGAACAUAGGGUAUAUUUACACAGUCGCAUCAAAAUGAGACUGAACUUGACUAGACUCGGACUAAACCAGGACUAGAACAGGACCAAACAAGGUCUAGAUCAGGACCAAAUGGAUUGCACUGACAUCUGCAGCUCAAAUGCAUCAAAAUGUUUCCAAGACUUGAGCAAGAGUGUUGGCUGGUUGACAGCUGGCUCCUCCUGGUCUCAUGUCAGCGCUCAGACCGGGCUCUCCAUCUGGGACUCACACUGCAUAUGUUCUGCCAUCUUCAGUUUUCAACAGGGCCAAGACGCUCUGACAACGAAGGACACGGGAGGAAAAAACAGAAAUAUGUCAUACUUUAUUUGAAACUGCACUUUAGACAUACAGUGGGUGGGCUAUCUAUAUACAAGACACGAUAAGUUACACUUAUAAAAACUAACAACAACUAAAGAAAGCAUGAACAAAGACUUAGUAAACAAAUCUAGUCUAAUAAUCCUGGUUUAAAUAAGGGGUUGGAAGUUUAGGUUAAUUUAGGCUUAGUAACUACUUUAUUAAGGAGGGGUAUUUUACUUGUUUGGUGCAUUUAAACAGACCUAUUAUGCAAAAUCGACUUUUCAGAGCUUUUAACCAUGUUAUAGUUGCUUCCCCAUCUCAUUUACAUUCUCGAAGUUGUAUUUGGAGUGAUUUGUGCAUGUUCGAGCAGUCUUUAAUCAUUUGUUUUCAAGGCGUUAUUUUGCAGAUCAAUCCCUGUUUUCAUUGCCACUGGCAUACGCCCACUGUUUUGUGUUACCUUUUAUUGUUUUCAGAAUGCUAUAUUACCCCAAAACAACAUAUUAACAUGUUUAAUAAGUUUCACUUUUGUUUUUGAUGCUUUCACUCCACCAUCCAUGCUCCGUGCUAAGUCAUUAUCCCUUCAGAGUACUGUCAAAUUAAAAUCAGCGUGCUUUCCAUUAAACCACUGUGCUUUGCAUCAGGUUUGUCAUGUUGGUGUGCACAGUUUUGUAUCAUGUAUCAUACAUUUAUUUAUGGAGAGUUGUCACACAGGGGCGUGGGUGAUGUAGGCUGUGGGCUGAGCUUUGGACAGAAUCAGGUUCAAAGUGCCUGGAAGAGAUCACUAAAAUACUGACAACAACAUUAACAGGAUAGC